GACACCUACCUCUCUUAUGUGUCCCUCCCCUCCCUCCCCCUCGCAUCCGCAGCAGGGACUGGCCAAUAAAAGACGGCAAAGACGUAAGCGUCGACGGAGGAUGCUCAGUGUGAAGCGGCGUCGUCUCGUCUCUCAGCACCGCUCGCGUCUCCCCAGCCACCGAGUGCAGCCCGGGCCCGAACCCAGUCCGAACACCGGCUCUCAUUCAUCCUAGCGACACAGGUGGUGAGGAGGUCGGGGGGCGGGCGGUCAAAAUCGUAGCAAGUCGGGGAUCCGCACUAGGAAGGUCAUCGCCUCAAGAUGUUGGAUCCGUCGUCCAGCGAGGAGGAGUCCGACGGGAUGGUGGAGGAGGAGAGCAAGGAGGUGAUGGCGCCCCAGGCCGGGUCCCGCAUCUCCCCGAGCAGGACCAGCGAGAGCUCGGGCGGACUGGCGCCGAGCAGCGGCCGCAGCAGCGCCCGCCCGACCAGCCCCAGCCCGUCGGCCGCCAGCGAGGAGAAGGACGACCUGGAGAAGCUGCAGAGGGAGGAAGAGGAGCGCAAGAAGAAGCUGCAGCUGUAUGUGUUCGUCAUGCGGUGCGUGGCGUAUCCCUUCAACGCCAAGCAGCCCACGGACAUGGCGAGGCGGCAGCAGAAGAUAAGCAAGCAGCAGCUUCAGCAGACCAAGGAUCGCUUCCAGGCCUUCCUAAAUGGAGACACGCAAAUUGUGGCCGAUGAAGCAUUCAUCAACGCUGUGCAGAGCUACUAUGAGGUGUUCCUAAAGAGCGACCGCGUGGCUAAAAUGGUCCAGAGCGGAGGCUUCUCGGCGAGCGACUUCAGGGAUGUGUUCAAGAGGCACAUCGAGAAGCGCGUGCGCAGCCUCCCGGAGAUCGACGGCCUAAGCAAGGAGACGGUGCUCAGCUCCUGGAUGGCCAAGUUCGACACCAUCUACCGCGGCGACGAGGAUCCACGCAAGGCCCAGCAGCGCAUGACAGCCAGCGCUGCCUCUGAGCUCAUCCUGAGCAAGGACCAGCUGUACGAGAUGUUCCAGAAUAUCCUCGGCAUUAAAAAGUUUGAGCACCAGCUGCUUUACCAAGCUUGUCAGUUGGACAACUUGGACGAGCAGGCCGCACAGAUCAGGAGAGAACUGGACGGUCGUCUUCAGAUGGCCGACCACAUUGCACGGGGAGGAAAGUUCCCCAAGUUUGUGUCGAAAGACAUGGAAGCCAUGUUCAUUGAAGAGCUCAAGUCUUCAGUCAAUCAGCUGAUGGCCAAUCUGGAGAGCAUGCCCGUGUCCAAGGGCGGAGAGUUCAAGCUCCAGAAGCUGAAGCGAGGCCACAACACCUCCAUCAUCGACAUGGGCCAGGAGGACGAAAACACUCUGUCCAAGUCUGACGUGGUCCUGUCCUUCACUCUCGAGGUGGUGAUCAUGGAGGUGGUGGGGCUGAAGUCUUUGGCUCCUAACAGGAUUGUUUACUGCACCAUGGAGGUGGAAGGAGGGGAGAAGCUCCAGACUGACCAAGCAGAAGCCUCCAAGCCAACCUGGGGGACCCAGGGGGACUUCACCACCACACACCCUCUGCCUGCUGUCAAGGUAAAACUCUUCACAGAGAGCACAGGAGUGCUGGCGCUGGAGGACAAAGAGCUGGGCAGGGUUGUCCUACACCCGACUCCUAACAGCCCCAAGCAGUCAGAGCUGCAUAAGAUGACUGUGACCAAGGCUUGCCCUGACCAAGACCUCAGAAUUAAACUGGCCAUCCGCAUGGACAAACCCCAAAAUAUGAAACACUGCGGGUAUCUGUGGGCCUUUGGCAAGAAUGUGUGGAAGCGCUGGAAGAAGCGUUUCUUUGUACUCGUGCAGGUGAGUCAGUAUACAUUCGCCAUGUGCAGCUACAGAGAGAAGAAAUCAGAACCUCAAGAGCUUCUCCAGCUGGACGGCUACACUGUGGACUACAGCGACCCGCAACCUGGCUUAGAUGGCGGUAGGGCUUUCUUCAACGCGGUGAAGGAGGGCGACACCGUGAUCUUCGCCAGCGACGACGAGCAGGACCGCAUCCUGUGGGUCCAGGCCAUGUAUCGGGCCACCGGCCAAUCCCACAAGCCCGUCCCACCCACUCAGGUCCAGAAACUCAACUCCAAAGGGGGUACCUCGGCCCAAAUGGACGCUCCCAUCUCUCAGUUCUAUGCUGACAGAGCUCAGAAACAUGGCAUGGAUGAGUUUAUCUCCGCUAACCCCUGUAGCUUUGACCACGCCUCACUUUUUGAGAUGGUUCAGCGGCUCACGUUGGAUCACAGGCUCAGCGACACCUUCUGCUGUUUGGGAUGGUUCAGCCCGGGCCAGGUGUUCGUUCUGGACGAGUACUGUGCCAGGAACGGCGUUCGGGGUUGCCACAGACAUCUGUGUUACCUGGGAGAUCUGCUGGAGAGGGCGGAGAGUGGCGCCAUUAUCGAUCCCACUCUUCUACACUACAGCUUUGCUUUUUGUGCCUCCCACGUGCACGGGAACAGGCCGGACGGGCUCAGCACCGUCAAAGUGGACGAGAAGGAGCGUUUUGAAGACAUCAAGGAGCGUUUACGUGUGAUAUUGGAAAACCAGAUUGUAAAUUUCAGAUAUUGUUUCCCCUUUGGGCGUCCUGAAGGUGCACUCAAGGCCACUUUAUCUUUGCUGGAAAGGGUCCUGAUGAAGGACAUUGUGACCCCAGUCCCACCAGAAGAAGUUAAAGGAGUCAUCCGUAAAUGUUUGGAGCAGGCUGCUAACCUCAACUACCAACGGAUUAAAGAGUAUGCUAAGAUCGAAGGAAAAAAGAGGGAAAUGUAUGAGCAUCCUGUCUUCUGCUUGGCGUCUCAAGUGAUGGAUUUAACCAUCCUUGAGAAAGGUCAGAAGGAUCAGAAGGAUCCAGAGAAUGCGGCCCGCUUAGUCACACCUGCCAAGAAACUGGAGGAAACCAUUCGCCUGGCGGAGUUAGUCAUCGAGGUCCUCCAGCAGAACCAGGAACACCACGCUGAGGCGGCAGUCACGAGUUCUGCAGAUCAAUCGGCGUUUGCCUGGUGGACCGACCUCAUGGUGGAGCACGCCGAGAACUUCCUGGCCCUUUACGCCAUCGACAUGGACGCCGCUCUGGAGAUCCAGUCGCCUGAGAGCUGGGACAGUUUCCCGCUCUUCCAGCUCCUCAACGAUUUUCUCCGGACAGACUAUCAUCUGUGCAACGGAAAGUUCCACAAGCACCUCCAGGAUCUGUAUGCUCCUCUGGUGGUUAGAUAUGUGGACCUGAUGGAGUCCUCCAUCGCUCAGUCAAUACACAAAGGCUUUGAGCGAGAGUCCUGGGAGCCUGUAAAGAGUUUAACAAGUAAUCUGCCCAAUGUGAAUCUACCAAAUGUCAACCUCCAAAUUCCAAAAGUACCAAAUCUGCCAGUUCCAGUAGCGGGACUAUCAGUUAACCUUCCACAAAUGCCUAGCUUUUCUACCCCGUCGUGGAUGGCUGCUAUAUAUGACUCUGACAACGGCUCUGGGACAUCCGAGGACCUGUUCUGGAAGCUGGACGCCCUCCAGACCUUCAUCAGGGACCUCCACUGGCCCGAGGACGAAUUCGCCAAACACCUGGAGAGCCGCAUCCAGCUCAUGUCUAGCAACAUGAUUGAGAACUGCGUCAAGCGCACAAGGAUGGCGUUCGAGUCCAAACUGACAAAGAGCAGCAAGUCCACAGAUUUCCGCAUUUCUCCAACCUUAUGCACCAUGUUCAACGUGAUGGUGGACGCCAAGGACCAGUCUGCCAAACUGUGUGCGAUGGAGAUGGGCCAGGAGAAGCAGUUCCACUCGCAAAUUGACGAGCUGAUUGAGGAAAGCGUGAAGGACAUGAUCCAGCUCCUUGUUGCAAAGUUUGUUGCCAUUCUGGAGAGCGUCCUGGCCAAGAUAUCCAGAUAUGAUGAAGGCACGCUCUUCUCCUCAUUCCUCUCUUUUACGGUGAAAGCUGCAUCCAAGUAUGUGGACGUACCUAAACCCGGCAUGGACGUGGCUGACGGCUACGUGACCUUUGUGCGCCACUCUCAGGAUAUGCUGCGUGAUAAGGUCAAUGAGGAGGUGUAUAUAGAAAGGUUAUUUGAUCAAUGGUACACGGCCACCAUGAACCUCCUGGGCACGUGGCUCACGGAGCGCAUGGACCAGCAGCUGCAUGUCUACCAGCUCAAGAUCCUCAUCAGGAUCACUAAGAAAAAGUACCGUGACUUCCGCCUGCAGGGCGUCCUGGACUCCACGCUGAACAGCAAGAUGUACGACACGGUGCGUAAUCGGCUGACGCUGGAGGAAGCCACGGCGUCGGUGAGGGAAGGAGGCAUGCAAGGCAUCUCCAUGAAGGACAGCGAUGAGGAGGACGAGGACGACGACUAGAAGCCCCGCCCCUUAACGCUCUUUAUCACAUUUUGACUUUAGCCUGGUUAACCGAUUGCAUGUAUCAACUCAGAUAGCCACUCUAGGACGUCUCUUGUCAGCUCCACAUGAAGGAACCAUAAGAAUAAUGUUAAAAAAAAAAAUACAAAUAGUGCUUUAAUGAGGAUGAAAAAAAAAAAUGUUCCAAAAUAAGCGUUGAUUGGCAGUUUAGCUGUGUCAUCAUUCAUUUCUACAUUCCUUUAUGUGUUACUAAGCAAUAUGGAAGAAGGUGAGUGUCAAUGCAAAUGAUGUAAGUAUAUGACGCUUCUCUGUGGUACUCAUUCAUGUGUGUGUGUGUGUGUGUGUGUGUGUGCGCGCGCUCGGACCCACUCUUUGUCUUGGCUUGGGAAGCGACGAGUACCCUCAGUGUUUUGUUUGUGUCCCACCAAGACACGCUUUGACCUUUGACCUGAUGUCCAGAUGCAAUAUGCUCCGUUUUUUGAUACUGUAACUGGGGGGAAAUUCUAUUUUUCUUUCUGACAUUUUGAAAAAAAAAAAAGGUUCUCUUUGAAUUGAGUUGCACUUUUACACAGAAAACAAAGGAGCAAAAAAAAAAAAAAAAAGUCGUUUUUUUUUUAACGAGAAUGACAAAAAUAACGUCGGUCUGUCUUGUCGUGUGUGUAACCGUGUAGAAUGACACGUCUGCCAUCGUUUGUUGUUCUGUAUAUACGAUAUAAAUAUAUAUAAAUAUUCAAUGCUGUACAUUGCAUUCUGAGCCAUCGCUGCAUGCCUGUGGGUUACAACCUUCAACCACUUUUAUUUAUUCUGUGUGUCGACUAGCUGGUGAGUUCAUUCUUGCUUUUUGCUUCGUUUUUGCUUUAUCAUCGCCAACAGUUGUAAUAUGCAAGAGCUGUGGCUUCCAAAUAAAAUUGUACAUGUGC